AUUAAAAGCUUUUCAGUUCACUAAGUUGGAAUACAUCUGCACGUAUUAAAAUGUUCAGCUGUCGUGCCACUGUCUCGUGCUCCGGGAUAAACACCCCCUUUUAGCACAGAUGCUGCAAACUUUAAAUAAAUGCAAGCAGACAGGUCCCCAGCUUUGUGCUGGGAGCACAGAGCAGUGCCAAGGUUAAACCAGUCUGCAUUUCAGUUCUUCCUGACACUCAUCUGUGGGUAAAGGCCUCGUGCUGUAUUUGUGUGGAUACUGAUAUUAAUUUGCAGCCCACAGCUGGAAAACUGAAUUAUGCACGCACUUGGAAGUUUCCCUUGACAAACAGCUACCAUAACCCUGGUGCAAACCAUGUCUGUUUGUUAAAAUUUAAGUCAGGAUUCGAUCAAGAAAUCUUUAACAAAUUUAGAAAUCACCUAAACCAAGGUCUUGCUUUUUGGGUGUAAACAAACUUUCAGGUUUAUCUCAUGGAUAUUUUGGAUGAUAAACGUGUCCGUGAGGGACCGUACACUCCUGUUAUUGCAGGUUUAACUACAUAUUUCUGUCUUUUCUUAUUCUUUUUUAAUUUUUACUGUACUUUUUUCCAUUCUAUUCCAGGUUGGCCUUGACCACAUGGAAUAAAACACAGUGCUGAAGUCCAACGUGACACAAGAAGCUGGUGUAUUUAUUUUUCUUUUUCUUUGAAAUGUAGGUAAAUUGAAUCCCGAUGAGGUCCCAUAUUAAUGAUUUACAGACAAAACCCCAGAUCUUAAAAGAGAGGGAAGUGGCAAUAAACUGACCCCGUGGGAUCUGCAGCCAUGUCUGGAAAGCCAGUGUGCAUUGGUGAUUUUGAGGAGCAUGCUAAAGCAUUCCUCCCCAAAUCCGUGUACGAUUAUUACCGAUCCGGGGCGGAUGACCAGCAAACGCUGGCAGAUAAUGUGGCAGCCUUUUCCAGGUGGAAGCUGUACCCGCGGGUGCUGAGGGAUGUGUCGGAGAUGGACGUGUCCACCUCGGUGCUGGGGCAGCGGGUGUCGGUGCCCGUGUGCGUGGCCGCCACCGCCAUGCAGCGCAUGGCUCACCCCGACGGGGAGACGGCCACUGCCAGAGCCUGCCGGGCCGUGGGGACGGGGAUGAUGCUGAGCUCCUGGGCCACCUCUUCCAUCGAGGAGGUGGCUGCGGCAGCGCCGGGGGGCCUCCUGUGGCUGCAGCUGUACGUGUACAGGGACCGGGCGGUGGCGGAGUCCCUGGUGCGGCGGGCGGAGCGGGCCGGCUACAGCGGCAUCUUCGUCACGGCCGACACGCCCUACCUGGGCCAGCGCCGAGCCGACGUGCGCAACAAGUUCCAGCUCCCUCCAAACCUCAGAUUAAAAAACUUUCCCAGCAGCGACCUGACGUUUUCCUCAGGGAAAGACUUUGGAGAGAACAGCGGGCUGGCCGUGUACGUGGCUGAGACCAUUGAUCCAAGUCUCAACUGGGAGGACAUCAAGUGGCUUCGGGGGCUCACCUCGCUGCCCAUCGUGGUGAAAGGCAUCCUCAGGGCUGAUGAUGCUAAAGAAGCUCUAAAGAUCGGGGUAAAUGGUAUCCUGGUGUCAAAUCACGGAGCACGACAGCUCGAUGGGGUCCCUGCAACUAUUGAUGUGCUGCCUGAGAUCGUCGAGGCCGUGCAGGGGAAGGUGGAGGUGUUCCUGGACGGCGGGGUGAGGAAAGGCACCGAUGUCCUCAAGGCUCUCGCUCUUGGUGCCAGAGCUGUGUUCAUUGGAAGACCUCUGCUCUGGGGGCUGGCUUAUCAAGGUGAAGAAGGAGCAAAAGAAGUUCUCCAGAUGCUGAAGGAGGAGUUUCGCCUGGCAAUGGCACUGACAGGAUGCCGGAGAGUAGAAGAAAUCAGCAGGACACUGGUCCGAAGACAUCAAGUGUUGUCUUCCAAGAUUUAGGUCUGAAGACUUUGCCUCGUGUGUUGCCCAUUUUGCUUCCAGACAAAACCCAACUGUGUUUGCUCUGUGGGCCUCCUCCUGCAAUCCUGACUGAGAAGGCACAGCCUGUAGGACAUCACUUCCUGAAGAAAAUACUCAAAGCAAAUUUUACAGGUGUUUCCAAACGUUUUAGGCUCUUAAGGAAAGCUGCUGUACUGGGAGGUGUGAUUAGAGAUGGGUCUUGGUACAAGACCGGCACAAGGAACUUCAAGGGGUUUUGCAACCAAUGCUGAUAUUAAUUUCUGUGCCUGGGAGUAACUCAGCUGUUAAAAUGAAACUGUAAACAGGAAUGUUUUGACAGCAAACAGAAAUGCUGAAAUUUAAAAUGCAAAAGAUACUUCUUGCUCACUGUUUAGAGAAACUAGACUGGAGAUUGCAGAGAUUAAAUCUUGCUUUCUUAUGAA